AGACGUUCCAAAUCCAUAGACGAAAUUGAUCUUCCGGGUGUGCUUGCCCAAUAAUCUAGUGACAUUCACAUUGCUAAGUGGCUCUAUUCACCAUCUGUGAGCGCAGAGUGAGCGUAGCAUGAGCGACUCAUUGAUGCGCAACCACAGUCCCCUGUUGCUCAGGUAACCCAAAGGGAGGGAUGUCCUUUGCUGUCCUUCCAUACCUCACAAUAGCUGCACCACAGCAAAGUCAACACAACUUUCUUGGCUCACUGGCCCUGACUCCUCAUCCACCACAAUGCCUCGAGAAAAGAAGAAAAAGAGCAGAUCGCCACUUAGCUGGACAAAUCGGGUAUCCUAUUUGCCUCAAGAUCUCUUGGGAAAACUGGAAAGUUGUCACAAAGAGCACAGCCCGGGUCGCUGGCAGACAUUCGUCAUUCCCCAGACACUUCUCAUUAACCCAGCUUAUUCACGGCACACAUCGCCACUGCUUCGAUUGCCGCUGGAACUGUCAUUUCUAAUCCUCGGCCACCUCGAUCCAAUCUCCGCCGUAUGUCUCGCGACAUCAUGCAAGUAUAUGCUCCAUGCAGCGCUUAGCACGGGAGAGCCACUUAUGAUACCCUCCGCCCGUCACCACAGAGGCGUGACUCCAAGACACUGCGAAGCCCUUUACCGCCUGAUGAGGUUAAUGUGGCCAGUCGUCAAGCGAACCCGAGCACCUGCAAAGCGGGACCGCACAGUAAUGCUGUGCUCUACCUGCUGGCGAUAUCGUCCACGACUUGACGAUGAGUACUGGAGUCAGACACGACAGAAGCUGCUCGAGGAGGUCGGCGUGAGUUGCCGCCAUGUAGAAAGAAUAUCGGACUUGUGGCGCAGUGGAUCGAUUACAGAGUGGCCAGGCUGCUUUUACGAUUCAUGCUCGCGUGUUUGAAGUCUUUGUCUCAAUACAUUGUGAGAUUGGAGGACAAUCUGUCUGACGAACACUGUGAAGUCGUGAGGGCUGGGAUCAUGCUGUUGGCAGUUAAAAUGAGAGACGAGGAGAUCAUUUCGGUUACAUCUUCCGAGAUGUCGACUGCCGUUUCUGCACUCUGGUUGCUCUGCCGUGGUUGGGAGCGUAAGACUAAAUAAAGAAAAACCUGGCCGUUCCAUAUCGUUCAUGCUUAAGAGGGCUUACUUGUACUUUGGCAAGGCAAAUUCAUCCAUAUUUUUG